CUUAGGUGGAAUAACUGGAUAUUUAAAAAAAAUGAAAAGAAGACUAUUUAAUGGAGGUUUGUCACAUUUUGAAUCUGCAUGCUGCGUUGACUUGGAUCAAUCUGAAACUCAUCUUCUUCAUUCCAUCUAAUGGCUUUACGAGAUUCCUCUACCUACAAACACGACGUGUAUCUCAGCUUCAGAGGCGAAGAUACACGAUUCAGUUUCACUUCCCAUCUCACCGCUGCUCUCAAUCAAAGAGGGAUCCGCACCUUCGCUGACGACGGCGUGCUUCUCAAAGGAGAUGGACCCAGUCGAUCGCUUUUGAAGGCAAUACAAGAAUCCAGAAUUUCCAUAGUUAUUUUCUCUAACAACUAUGCUUUUUCUAGCUGGUGCUUGGAAGAACUCACCGCGAUCCUAGAUUACUAUGAGGAGAAGAAGAAUAAUGGUAGUGUGGUUUUACCUGUUUUUUAUGAAAUCGAUCCUUCUGAUGUUCGACACGGGAGAGCAAGUUACGGAGAAGCAUUGGCUAAGCACGAGGAGAGGUUCGUCAAGGAGAAAGUCCAAAAAUGGAGGAUGGCUUUACACAAUGCAGCUAACCUCAGUGGCUUCCAUUUCGGGAAGGGUGGAUACGAAUAUAAAUUUAUUGAGAGUAUCGUUAAGGAAAUCUGUAGCAUGGUUUCUCGUGUUUCUUCACGUGUUUCUUUACGUGUUGCGGAUUACCCUGUUGGAUUGGAGUCUCGAGUGGAUAAAGUAAAAUCACUUCUGAAUCUUGAGUCUGAUGAUCUAGUCCAGAUGGUAGGCAUCCAUGGGAUCGGUGGAAUUGGUAAAACUACAAUUGCUCUAGGAGUAUAUAAUUCAAUUGGUGGCCAGUUUGAAGGUCUGUGUUUUCUCGAGGAUGUGCGAGAGAAUUCAAUGAAAUUUGGGUUAGUACAUCUUCAAGAGAUUGUUCUUUCUAAGAUAUGUGGUGAUGGGGAUAUUGACAUACAAAAUGUGAAACAAGGAAUUUCAACGAUGAGGAAAAGGCUAUGCCGAAAAAAGGUUCUAUUGGUUCUGGACGAUGUUGACAAAAUGGAGCAGCUUCAAGCUAUUGCAGGAACAUCCGAUUGGUUUGGUCCUGGCAGCAGAGUCAUCAUUACAACCCGGGACAAUAAUUUGCUAGCAAAACAUGACGGUGGAUUUGGAUUUGGAAGAACCUAUGAGGUAGAGGAAUUAAGUGAAAAAGAAGCUCUUGCUCUUCUUAGUUGGAAUGCUUUCAAGACCGACAAAGCAGUUGAUCGAAGCUAUGCACACGUUUUAAAUCGUGCAUUAACCUAUGCUUCUAGGCUUCCACUGGCUUUGCAAGUAUUGGGCUCCUACUUGAUUGGAAAACGUAUAGACGAAUGGAAUGAUGCAUUGGAUGAGUAUGAAAAAAUUCCUGAUAAAAAUAUCCUAAGGGUACUCAAAAUAAGCUUUGAUUCCUUGGAGGAAGAAGAGCGGAGAAUUUUUUGUGAUAUUGCUUGUUUCUUCAAUGGACAUAAGUUGGUAGAAGUGGAAGACAUACUCGGGGCUCAUUAUGCUUUAUCUGUGAAAAAUAGUAUAACAGUGUUGAUUAAAAGAUCUCUCAUAAAGAUUGAUGAUGGUCUUGUCACAUUACACGACUUGAUACAAGACAUGGGUAGAGAAAUUGUCCGACAGGAAUCACCAGAUGUGCCUGGGAAACGAAGUAGGUUAUGGCUUCCACAAGAUGUUGUUCAAGUUUUACAAGAUAAAUCUGGUUCUAAUACAGUUGAAAGCUUAUUACUGGAUUUCCCCAAAGAUGGAAUAAACUCAAGUGGUGAAGAAGUAAAUUGGGAUGGAGAGGCCUUAAAAAAGAUGCAAAACCUCAAAACACUCAUUAUUAGAAAUGUUCGUCUUAACAAAGGCCCCACGCAUCUUCCCAAUAGUUUAAGAGUGUUGGAAUGGUCGGGGUAUCCUUCAUCGUCAUUACCAGAUGGUUUUCAUCCAAAGAAACUGGUGAUACUCAAGUUGUCCGAGAGUCACCUAAGGAUAAGUGAACCAAUUCAGGGUUUCAAAAGUCUGACAGUUUUGGAUUUCAGCUACUGUGAAUGGAUAACUCAUAUAUCUGAUGUAUCUGGCAUCCCAAAUUUAGAAAAAAUAUCUUUAAAACAUUGUGAAAGUUUAACACAGAUUCACGAAUCAGUCGGACUUCUGGAAAAACUUAGAAUAUUGGAUGUUGUUCAUUGCAAGAAGCUCAGUGCUUUACCGCCCAUCAGAUUGACCUCUCUUGAACAACUCAAUCUUUCACAUUGCUCGGCUCUUGAGAGUUUCCCAGAAAUAUUGGGGAAGAUGGAAAACCUAACAGAGCUUCAUAUAAUGGCAAGUCCCGUAAAAGAAUUACCAUUUUCAAUUCAAAACCUUAUACGGCUUCGAAAAUUAGAACUACACAUCUGUGGAACGAUUCAGCUACCAAGUAGCAUUGCCAUGUUGGCAGAACUUAGUUUGAUGCGUGUUUCAAAGUGCCAAAGGUUGUGUUUAUCCAAACCGGACACUGGUGAAAAAUUGGAGUCCAAGUCAUCAAAGACAGAGCAUCUUAUUCUGUCAUAUUGCAACAUAUCAGAUGACUUACUUCCAAUAGGUCUUACUUGGUUUUCCAAUGUGAAAGAUUUGGAUCUCUCGGGGAAUAAUUUUGAAAUUCUUCAUGCGAGCAUCAAAGAGUGUCUCUUUCUUAGGAACCUUAAGCUGGAUGAUUGCAAGAAUAUACAAGAAAUUAAAGGGCUACCAUGGAAACUAGAAUCAUUUUCUGCACAAGGAUGCACAUCCUUGAAAUACUUGGACUUCACAGGAGAAUGUCCCUCUUCGAUACGAGAGCUCAUUUUGGAUGGUUGCUCAUUUUUAAAACAAGUUAUAGGGGUUCUGCCAAAGUUGGAAAGCUUCUCUGCAAAAAACUGCACAUCAUUGUCUACAAGCAUGUUUGUGAAUCAGGAAUCAGUAGAAGCCGGAAACAAGAUGUUUUCGUUACCAGGAACAAAAAUUCCAGAUUGGUUUACACACCGUGUAAAUGGAGGAUCAAUAUCUUUUUGGUUUCGCAACAAAUUUCCAGUAAUUUCUCUCUGUCUUGUUAUCGAAUCGAUGGGUGAGCAAGCUAUCACCAUAAAGUUUAGCCCCAAAGUGUUCAUCAAUGGCAAUAAAAAGUCCCUUGGAAAUCGGAAAGUCCACGAGUUCAGAAUAGCAACAGAUCACAUACUUUUGUUUGACAUACGGCUGCUAAAAUUUGAAGAUAAAGAGGAUGUAGUCUAUUCAUACAAUAGCUGGAAUCAUGUGUUGGUUUCGUAUGCAGAUCAUAUUAACAACAACGGGGUCCCAAUCAAAGGGGUUGCCAAAUAUAGUGGAAUACAUGUAUAUGAACAAUACAGUUCUAUGGCAAAUAUCCGAUUCAACAAUCCCCCACAGUCGUUACUAAGUGUGAAUUCGAAUACAAAUUCAAUGGAAGCACACCAAAGAGGCCAGAUCGCAGCAGGUAGACACCAGAAAGACCAGACAGAGAAUUUGUCUUCACUCAUUCUCUCAUCGACCCAACUUGAACCUGCAAUUACUGAUGCGAAAAAUGGUCCAGGCCCUAAACCAACACUUCCAGCUAAGAGGUCUUUGGAAGGUGUCGUAAGAGCUUCAGGGAGACUUCCAGAGGAGGAUACUCAUCCUACGACUAUUUCAUAUAUCCCUCCCAUCAUUCAAAAUUGUCGCGUGGGUGAUGAUAUUGAAGCGGAAGCAGUAUCUUCGUGUGAACUUGAAUCUGAAGAAUCCUCUUCAUCUGAAGGUUCUGACUCAGAUGAUCCCUUUGACCGUGUUGAUAGAAGACUCGGUAUUAGUGCCAAGGAAACCAUAUCGUCCACAUCACGUUCUCGGGAUGCUUCAUUUGGAUCAAUUAAAGAGGCUAUUAGAUCCUUGGAUGGAUUAAUGGUUAAGGACUUAUCUGAAGUCUCUUCUGAUCCUGAUGCACAGUCUGGACUUGGUCAAUUGUUGGAUGUACUGAGUACAAGUAGCCACCCCAAGGUUACUUUCGAGGUGAAGGAAGCUAUUGUGGAGUUCAAGAGAAAGGCCUUUUUAUCAUUUCAAGAAUUCCAAUCUGCUGCCGAGUCUGUCAACAAACUGAAGAAUUUUGAGAGGCAUCUGGAUAGAAUUCAGCAGGAGACUCUUGCAGGCAAGGGUCAAAGGAAGGACCUCAAAAGCUCGAUAAAAAAGGUUUCUUUGGGAAUCAAGUCUGAAAAUAGGAGGAAGAAGGAGUUAGAGACAGAAAUUGCAACUUUAAGAAUACAUCUAUCUACCAAAGAAAGAGACCAUGAACAACUUGUGCUGAAUCUCAAGAAUCAGGAGGAAACACUCUCAACCUAUUCAACAAGUUAUGCUUCUAUCAACCAUCAAGCUAUAGCACUAUUAAAGAAAGCUGAUGACUUACUUGCUGCGAAUAGUGGGGUAAAGCAUGAGGGUAAAGCUGCUGAAGUGAAGCAGAGUAUGCUCAAGUCUACCUGGUCUUUUGACCUCGCUAAUCUGUUCAAUAAGAUUAAAAAUAGAAACAAUAUGGUGGGUAUAUUUCUUAAACAAGGCUAAUCUUGUCCACCCGCCAAGGUGGUUUCGCCUUCAAAAAGAACUUAAUCCACUAAUCUUUAAAGAUUACAAUCAAACGUCUAAGAGUCUAGAAAGACAUCUUAGCCCUCUCAAGUAUACAGACUAACAACCUAGUCACUUGAGGAAUAACAAAUCUCAAAAGAUUUACAAUAGAAAAUAUUAGAUAAGCAAAUGAAACAAAGUUUAAGAACAAAGUAGACCGUUGAGAAGGACAAAAACACCGGUUACCAUGCCAGCUAACAUAACGACUCCUAUGAGAUCGUUGGAGACAAAGAGCACACAAAUUACUUGGUCGUACAUACGUUCUCUCAAUAGUGGAGUGGGUACUGUAUUGUUGUACCAUUUAUCUUCUUGUGCAAGUUUAUGAUCUUUCCUUCUUAAUAAUAUACUUCUGAUAUGAAGUAGUGGGAGUAUAGAAGAUAUCAUGUUACAUGAGUAUUCCAAGAAUAUCAGAGUCUUCAGAGUCAGAACCUUGUCUUUAGAGUUGAACACAAAAGCUUAUUUGAACAACAAAUCUUGAUUUAUGAGCUGGAAACCUUGACUACUGAUCUGGAAGUAGUAGCUUAUCUGAGAAAUACAUGUAGAUCCUUUUCUAGCGAACAUUCAACAUUCUUCAGAACUACCGAUGUUUAUUUAGAAAUGGAUGAAUAGUUCUUCUGAGGCGUGACAACGCUGAUUCUGGUGAUCUUUCUAGAUAACUAUCUAGAUAACUAUCCAUAAUCGAACAAAAUCUUAUAUCUGCACCCUUAAGAAACUAUUAGAGUUCAAAAUUGUUACAUAUAAAAUAUAUGUAUGUAUUAUUAUCAUCAAAACUAGAGAUUAAAUUGUCGCUACCCGCGAAAAUUAACAGAGUCGCCACUAACAUAUUUAUCCUGAAAAGGAAGGGAAUGCCAACAAACCACAAAACAAAACAACGGUCUCACGACCAGAGAAAAAGGGUAAGGGAGUCGGUUACGCGAGGGGAAGGUAUUAGCACCCCACGCGCCCAUCGUACUCGAUGGUAUCCACGCCUGUAUCUAAAUCUAUGGGUGUGUAACAAAUCUACGCUAAUCUGGACUAAAAUGAAUGCAGAAUGUAGGGAAAAGAAAGGAUUGUGCUCGCACGGGCCCUACCCCGCUGCCUACGUAUCUGUUUUGCAGAAUCAGAGCUACCGUAGCUCGGCUAACUAAUUUCUGUUUGUUUUGUAUUUUUUAGGUGAACGAGUUACAUUCACACUCCGCUGCUCGACCUUUGGAGACUUAUGCUUGGGAAUGGAGCGGAAAUAACAAGUUCUUAGAAAAAGAAAAUCAAAGAGUGUGGUUUGUGUUUUAAAAGAUGCAUGAGGAAGUCCUAAGCUAAGGGGGAAAGCUUGCUACCUAAUGUUAUCAUACAAAGGGUGCAAAUCUAAACUAAACUAAC